UCGUUCAGGCGUCGGGCGUUCGAGUUUUCAGUAACGGUACGCAUCCUUGCUAGUGUGUCGUUCGCGAUUCGGAGUGGCAUCGCCCCUUUAGUGUGUUUUGCAGUGCAUAAAGGAAAAUAUUUAAUUCUGUGCUUGCCCUUGUGCAUAGUGUGAUUGGUCCUUGUGUAUCAGUUCCUGUGUGUAUUUUUGGAUUACUCACUGCCGGAAACGUUCCUGAUCAUAUUUUUGGAUUACUCAUACCUCGCGGUCCCGUCGAAAACCGGUAGACGCAAAACACCUCGCGCUAAUCGCGCCGGUGUCUACUCACCGCUGUCGCGUACGGUGGCUACCGAAGUCACCACCAACCCUUCUUGUAAGUGUGAUUAUCGACCCGGGAGUGUCUCCCACGUGCAUCUCGUUCGUGUGAUCCCUGAGUGAAAAAGUAUCCGUUUGUAGUUGUCUCUCGAUUUCCUUGUGCUUGUGUGAAGGAAAGAAAAAUCUUUAAAAGGAGAAAAUUGAAGUGUUGUGAAAAGUGCAAUCCUCCUUUCUAAAGUGAAGUGUUUCCCACUUCUUGCUCUUCCCCAUUUGGAUUAUUCGGAAAAUAUUGUCUCAACCAUCAGCAGUCGCACAAGCAUCACUUCAUCUGCAGCCAUGGGAUUUUCAAUUAUAAAGUGGAUUACGUUGCUGAUAGCGUUCGUCUGCUUGGCGAGCGCCGCUAAUCCGGAUGCCGAUCAAAAAGGACCGAUUUUCCUCAAGGAACCAACAAACAGAAUUGAUUUCUCCAACUCGACCGGGGCUGAAGUUGAAUGUCGCGCCAGUGGAAAUCCCCCGCCUGAAAUCAUUUGGAUUCGAAGCGACGGAACAGCGGUGGGUGAUGUUCCCGGACUCAGACAAGUUUCAUCGAAUGGAAAUUUGGUUUUCCCACCCUUCCGUGCUGAGGAUUAUCGUCAAGAGGUUCACGCGCAAGUGUAUGCAUGCCUGGCAAGAAAUCAAUUUGGCACCAUUAUCUCCCGGGAUGUUAACGUACGAGCAGUUGUACCACAAAGUUACUCAAUAAAUGUAAUGGACGAAGCGGUCUUGCGUGGAAACACAGCCAUUUUAAAGUGUCAUAUACCCAGCUUUGUGGCUGAUUUCGUCUUCGUUGCAUCUUGGGUUGAAGACGAAACUCGAGAAAUCUACCCGCCUAGCUCGAACAGCGAUUUUGAAACCGAUGGCAAAUAUCUAGUCCUCCCAUCUGGUGAGUUGCACAUUCGUGAAGUUGGUCCUGAAGAUGGUUACAAAAGCUAUCAAUGCCGAACAAAGCAUCGUUUGACUGGUGAAACAAGAUUAAGUGCUACAAAAGGACGAUUGGUCAUUACUGAACCAAUUGGAUCAAAAGCACCAGCAUUUUCUGGGGAUGUCGCUACAUUUUCACAUCGCGUUGAUAUGAACUCCACUAUUGCUCUUAUCUGCCAGGCUCAAGCUUUUCCGGUACCCGUUUUCAGGUGGUAUAAAUUCAUUGAAAACACAUCACGGAAACAAGCCGUUGUCCUGAACGACCGAGUCAAACAAGUUUCAGGAACCCUUAUCAUCAAAGACGCAGUUGUUGAAGAUUCCGGAAAAUACCUAUGCGUUGUUAACAAUUCAGUGGGAGGCGAAAGCGUUGAAACCGUCCUAACAGUCACUGCCCCACUAUCAGCGAAAAUCGAUCCACCAACCCAAACCGUAGACUUUGGCCGACCCGCUGUAUUCACCUGCCAAUUCACUGGAAAUCCAAUCAAGACAAUCACAUGGCUUAAGGAUGGUAAAGCUAUCGGACAUAACGAAGCUGUCUUGAGAAUCGAAUCUGUGAAACGAGAGGACAAAGGAAUGUAUCAAUGCUUCAUUAGGAAUGACCAAGAAAGUGCAGAAGCUGGUGCUGAACUGAAACUGGGCGGCCGAUUUGAUCCACCUGUUAUUCGAGAAUCAUUCCCUGACAAAACCCUUCAUCCAGGACCAAGCGUUUUCUUGAACUGCGUAGCUGGUGGAAACCCAACUCCUGAAAUUUCCUGGGAAUUAGAUGGAACUAAGAUCACAAAUAAUGAACGGUAUCAAGUUGGACAAUAUGUUUCGGUUAAUGGAGAUGUUGUUUCGUAUUUGAAUAUUACUUCGGUCCAUGCCAAUGAUGGAGGUUUGUACAGAUGUAUCGCAAGCAGCAAAGUUGGAACAGCCGAACACUCUGCCAGAUUGAAUGUUUAUGGAUUGCCGUACAUCCGACCCAUGGAAAAGAAAGCCAUUGUUGCUGGAGAAUCGUUGUUUGUUACAUGCCCAGUUGCUGGUUAUCCAAUUGAUUCAAUUAUUUGGGAAAGGGAAAAUCGAGUAUUACCCAUCAACCGUAAGCAGAAAGUCUUCCCUAAUGGAACACUCAUCAUUGAAAAUGUUGAAAGGAACUCUGAUCAGGCUACUUACACAUGUGUUGCCAAGAACUCUGAAGGAUACAGUGCCCGAGGUGCUCUCGAUGUUCAAGUCAUGGUUCGUCCACAAAUCAUCCCAUUCAGCUAUGACGGAAUAGUAAAUUUAAACGAUUCAGUGGACUUGAUUUGCCAAAUUUCAAAGGGAGAUCGGCCGUUCCGUAUAAGCUGGCUCUUCCAAUCCAGUACAGCUGAGAAGGGCAGACUUCACUACCAACCUAUUUUGCGAACAAAUCGGAUAAGUGACCAUUCUAGUAUUUUAUCAAUUCCGUACGCAACUUCUAAGCAUAGUGGAACCUACACGUGUGUGGUUGAAAACAAAGCUGGAUCAACAUCAUACAGCACAAACUUGACUAUCUACGUUCCCCCAAGAUGGAUUCUCGAACCAACAGAUAAAGCUUUUGCACAAGGAUCAGAUGCUAAAGUUGAAUGUAAGGCCGAUGGAUUCCCAAAACCACAAGUUACAUGGAAGAAAGCUGUUGGCGAUACUCCCCGCGAAUACAAGGACCUUAAACAAAACGACAAUAUCCGUGUUGAAGAAGGAACUCUAUUCAUUGACAAUAUUGCAAAGAAUAACGAAGGAUACUAUUUGUGCGAGGCCAUCAAUGGAAUUGGAUCAGGACUUAGUGCUGUGAUUAUGAUUAGUGUCCAGGCUCCUCCAGAAUUCACCGAGAAAUUGAGAAACCAAACUGCACGACGUGGUGAACCAGCUGUUUUGCACUGUGAGGCUAAGGGCGAGAAACCUAUUGGAAUCUUAUGGAACAUGAAUAAUAUGCGAUUGGACCCCAAGACUGAUAAUAGAUAUACAAUUAGGGAAGAAAUUCUUUCAACUGGCGUCAUGUCAAGUCUCUCAAUCAAACGAACUGAACGAACAGAUUCUGCCCUUUUCACUUGUGUAGCCACCAAUGCUUUCGGUAGUGACGACUCCAGCAUCAACCUCAUCAUUCAAGAAGUCCCUGAAAUGCCAUAUGCCCUAAAAGUCUUAGACAAAUCUGGACGAACUGUACAAUUGAGCUGGGCACAACCCUACGAUGGAAACUCACCAAUCAAACGAUACAUCAUUGAAUUCAAACGAUCACGCGCAUCAUGGGAUGAAAUUGACAGAGUCAUUGUUCCUGGACACACCACUGAAGCUCAAGUACAAAAACUCAGCCCGGCCACAACAUACAAUAUCCGAAUCGUAGCAGAAAACGAAAUUGGCUCAUCUCAAUCGUCCGAAGCUGUUACAAUUAUCACUGCCGAAGAAGCUCCAUCUGGCAAACCUCAAAACGUUAAAGUUGAACCAUUGAACCAGACAACCCUGAAAGUAACCUGGAAACCACCACCACGACCGGAAUGGAAUGGCGAACUUCUUGGAUACUACGUUGGAUACCGAUUGGCUAAUACUAACAAUUCUUACGUUUUUGAAGAUGUCAACUUCUCAACUGAAGAAGGAAAGGAACACUCCUUGGAAUUGAGCCACCUCAAAACAUACACUCAAUAUGGAGUCGUGAUUCAAGCUUAUAACAAAGUCGGCGCCGGACCAUUGACUGAAGAAGAGAAACAAUACACUGCUGAAGGAACCCCUAGCGUACCACCAAGUGACACUACAUGCACCACAUUGACCUCACAAACAAUUCGAGUUAUGUGGGUAAGCCCACCCUUGGAAUCUGCCAAUGGAGUUAUUAAGACCUACAAAGUUGUUUAUGCCCCAACUGAUUUAUGGUUUGAUGAUAAGAACAAGGACUACAAGAGGACCGGUCAAACUGAAACUGUUUUACAUGGAUUGAAAAAGUUCACAAACUACACUAUUCAAAUUGCAGCAACCACAUCUGGCGGAGAUGGUGUCCGAAGUGCUCCAAUUCAUUGCCAAACUGAACAAGAUGUCCCCGAAGCCCCAACCGACGUGAAAGCCCUUGUUAUGGGAAGUGAAGCUAUCUUGGUAUCAUGGCGUCCACCAGCACAACCCAACGGUCUCAUCCUACAAUACACUGUCUACACAAAAGCCGAAGGAGCUGAAGGUGCACCAAAGAGUCAAAAGAUCCCUAACUACCAAAUGAGCUACGAGGCAUCUGGAUUAGAAAAAGGAAAAUCAUACGAAUUCUGGGUGACAGCUAGUACCGUAAUUGGAGAAGGUCAACCCUCAAAGAGUAUCACAGCAAUGCCAAGCGAUCAAGUCCCUGCUAAAAUUGCCUCCUUCGAUGAUGCCUUCACUGUAACGUUCAAAGAAGAUGCUAAACUGCCUUGCCUUGCUGUCGGCUCCCCAAAACCAGAUAUUACAUGGAAGAUCAAGGGUGUUGAAUUCACUCCAAAUGAAAGGAUGCGACAACUGCCUGAAGGUUCAUUAUUCAUCAAAUCAGUUACACGUCAGGAUGCUGGAGAAUACACAUGCCAAGCAGAAAAUUCAAUUGCUAAAGAUUCUAUCACCCAUAAACUAAUUGUUUUGGCUCCUCCUCAAUCCCCACAGGUGUUCUUAUCAGGAACAAGCACAGAUUCAAUUACUAUUAAAUUGAAACCACAUGAAGGUGAUCCAGCUCCAUUGCACGGAUACACUCUGCAUUACAAACCAGAAUUUGGCGAAUGGGAAACUGUGGAAGUGGCUGUUGAUGCACGCAAACAUGGAAUUGAAAACUUGCUAUGCGGAUCACGGUACCAGAUUUAUGCUACAGGAUAUAACAACAUUGGCGCCGGUGAAGCCUCCAGCAUCAUGAAUACACGUACCAAGGGCUCAAAACCAAUUACCCCCGACAAAUCACGAUUCAUUGAAGUCUCAUCCAAUUCCGUAAGCUUACAUUUCCCGGCCUGGAAUGAUGGUGGUUGCCGAAUGUCUCACUUCGUCGUUGAAUACAAAAAGAAGGAUCAAAUCGAAUGGAAUCAAAUCACCAAUAACGUCAAGCCUGGAAAUAACUUUGUAGUUUUGGAUUUGGAACCUGCAACUUGGUAUAACUUACGUAUUACCGCCCACAAUUCCGCUGGUUUCACAGUGGCUGAAUAUGAAUUUGCUACGCUAACCGUUACCGGAGCUACCAUUGCCCCACCGGACGGCGAUAGUAGUUCAACCAAGGGUAGCACGAGGUUAGCGAUGCCCGCAUGGGUGCCAGAGUGGCUCGACCUCAAUUUCAUGGUACCUCUAAUCGCCACGUGCAUUGUUGUUGCGGUGGGUAUACUAGUUAUUUGUGUAGCACUGUCAAGACGAAGAUCUGAUGAUCCCAGAGGUGGCCCGAAGGACGUCUACUACGAUGUAGUUUACAAUCAGUCUAUGGGACCUGGCGCCACUUUGGACAAGAGACGACCUGACUUGAGGGAUGAACUCGGCUACAUUGCACCACCCAACCGCAAGCUACCACCAGUACCAGGAUCCAACUACAACACAUGCGACAGGAUCAAGCGAGGUACAGUUAUAAGCCGAUAUAUGCGAUCAAAUCAUUCGACAUGGGAUCCAAGGAGACCAAUUUAUGAAGAAUUGCAUCCACCACCAGUGCCACGACGUCAUCCAGGAUCCGGUGAUUGUUAUCACACACAUCCAGGCAUGGAAGAUGAAAUCUGCCCCUACGCAACCUUCCACUUGCUUGGAUUCCGUGAAGAAAUGGACCCAACCAAGGCAAUGAACUUCCAAACAUUCCCCCAUCAAAACGGACACAGCGGACCUGGACAUGCUGGAACUAUGGGCCCAGCUGGACAUCCUGGACAUGUACACUCUCGAUCUGGUUCACAAUCGAUGCCACGUCAAAAUAACCGUUAUGCCAGGAAGAAUAGCCAGGGAGGACAAAGCUCGAUUUACACACCAGCACCGGAAUAUGAUGAUCCAGCAAACUGUGCCGAAGAAGAUCAAUAUAGACGUUACACUCGUGUCAACUCCCAAGGUGGAAGCCUUUAUGGAGGACCAGGACCUGAAUAUGACGACCCCGCAAACUGCGCUCCUGAAGAUGAUCAAUAUGGUUCACAAUACGGCGGCGGAUAUGGAGCACCUUAUGAUCACUACGGAUCUCGCGGUUCUGUAGGACGACGAAGCGUUGGCUCAGCUCGCAAUCUUCCAAACAACGGAUCACCUGAACCACCCCCACCACCACCACGCAACCAUGACAUGAGCAACUCAUCAUUUAACGACUCCAAGGAAAGCAACGAGAUUUCUGAGGCUGAAUGCGACCGUGAUCAUGGACCUCGUGGAAACUAUGGCGAAGAUUCAGCCGAGGCAGUGAAACGCUCACCACAUCCAAAGGAUCAGCGCACAACUGAAGAGAUGCGAAAACUGAUCGAAAGAAAGCAAAACGAAACCGGCCCAAAACAACUCCAACAACAAGGUGCAGCAGGAUUCACAACCUACGAUACUAUGGCAGUGUAAUUUGUAAGGAUCUGCGACAUCCAAGAGCGAUUGCACGAGUAGAGUACCAGGGCUAGAGAAUGGCGGCGGACAGGUGAUAUCAUAAAAAUGCCAUCUCGCUUACCACGAACCCAAUUAAAAACUCAAAAUAUUCAUAAAACACAAUAUAAAAAUAUUCAAAAAAGUUUAUAACUUUUUGCUCAACGUAGCAAAAUUUCAUAAAUACAUAUACAGAUAUAUGAAAACGUAAGUAUGAAAAUUAAAAUUUAUGAAAAUUAAAAUUAUGGAAAAAAUAUAUUACAUGCUUCUCCUAUACCAUAUUAUAUUGUAUUGUAUUAUUAUAAACUAUAUUUAACGUAAUAAGGCAAGUGAAAUUUGAACAAGAAAAAUAUACUAGAAACAUACGCUACUUACCCUUUAGUUAUCUUCAAAUUGUCUUCUGAGAUACUUUACUCCCUUGGAUAAUUUGUUUUUAAAUAUUUGAUGUGUGUGUUGAUGAUAAGUAAUGUACUGAAUAGAAGUGAUGAACAGGUGAAGCGCAAAAUAUGGAAAAUUGUCAUUUUUGCCAUGUUAUUUCUAACACCUAAAUUUUUACCAAAUGAAAAAAUGUCUGUCGCGUCAUAGUUUUUAAUAACAUAUUUAUAUGUAUUUAAGUUUGUUUUGAAAGGGAAAACGAAAUAACCGUAAUUUUGAGGAAUGUCUUCAUCAAAUGUGUAAUUGAAACUACUACUUCAAAGAUUAAAGCUAUUUUGAAAAUCAACAGAAGUUGCGAUUGAAAAACGAAAAGCGGAUACGAAACUUUUAUAGUCAACUCGUUUUAGAUAUUUAAUUGUUUUAGUUUCUUAUUUCAAUUAGGUCAUUGAAUUAAAUAUAAUUGUAAUAUGGCUUUUUAGGGUUGAUAGCGAAUUCGGCGCGCGUAAAGGACUGAGUAGAGCUAAAUUAAAAUAUGAUUUUUAUAUUUUAAAAGCCAUUUUACAUGAAUUUUGAUGGAAUGAUCGAUUUUAGUCAUUUUUUCAACAAAUCGAAAUGAAAUCCUUGAUUAUGUUUCAUUGUACGUAACAAUGCUUUGAUUUCUUUCUUUUUAAUAGCUAUAAAUGCAGAAAAAUAUAUAUUAACGUCUUGCACAAUUUUAUUACAUUUUUAGUGUUACCAAUUAUCUUCUUGAGUUCAGUUUGAAUGUAUACCAUUCGAAAAAUAAUCGAAAUAAUACUUCUCAGUGUCAUUUGUAAUAUUAAAAGUAUACCUUAAAUAUUAAUUCGCGUUUGAAGUAAAUAUAUAAAUGUUUAUCUAGAAGAUUGCACUAUUAAAUGCUAUCAAAAAUUAUUCAUGUCUUUAAUAAGUCAGUUAAAAGUCCCUCAAUCGAUGCGUUUUUACAGUAGUUGCGGAGUGUUUUUAAUACUUUUAAUAUUAUUUUUCAAUUUUCAUUGAAUUUUUCCAAAUAUGAUUCCUUAACAUUAUAUUUCUUUCUUUGUCAAUGGACCAUGAUUUUAUGCAAUAAAUCUGCUCAUUUCUGUUGAAUAAUAUUUUAAUUGAUAAUUUUUGAUGCUGUAAGUUGGGAGUGACCAUUACGCUUUGCGCAUAGGUAGAUUUCACCGUGAUAUCAUUAUCAAAAAGGCCUACAAUAAAAUUUGUAUUUUGUUUCUUACGAUUGCUCCGAUAUUGAAAAUACAUGAUUAAUUCAUUUGAAUAUUUUGGAGCGCAACAAGAUCUUUACGAAUUCCAUCUAAGAACUCCCAACAAAUAUACAGUUACGCUUCUAGUUCAUAUUUUAUAUCUUAAGCUUUAAUAUUUUAUAAUUACGUAUGUAGCGUUAUCCUAACCUCAUUAGAAAGUUUGUAAAUUUUCUUUGAAUAAUUUAAAUAAUGUUAUUUUAUGGAAAUCCUUGUUUACAAAUUUAUGACAGUUCCAAUUCGAUCCGUAAAAUUUGGUCGCAAAUCAAGGGAUUUCAAAAUAAAUACUCCAUUGCAUGUACUAUAUUUUAAAUUGUAAAUUCUUUUGUAACCCAAAAUUAGGAAAACGGAAAGCAACUUAAGAAUUUGCUAAGAAAGGUUGUAUCAGUUGUGCCGGUCACAAUCCUUAUUUGUUUUACGUGUGUUUUGAUAUGCAUAACAUAUGAAAUCAAUAAUAAACGGAGAGAAUAAAAGAAACUUUAUUUCUGAAACAAAUGAAAAUGUCAUAAUUUUGAUUUUUUAUGAAUUAUAUUGUUUCUGUUCAUAAAUACAUUUGCUAGAUAGAUAACAUAAGUUUAUUCAGUGAAUUUGUUUUUUUUUUCUCUUUAUUUUCUACCAGUGAACACAAGAAUCAAAAACACAAAAAAAAACAUACAAGAAAAAAUAUUUGACUACAAUUUUUAAAAAUCAGAAACAAUGCCUCGAUAAUAUUAUAUGAUUAUAUGAAAUUCUUUCAAUUAUAUUAUGAUUAACCAUUUUAAUUAAUAAUUUUGUAGUUUGUGAUAUUACCUAAACAUAUUUUAAAAUAAUCUUUAUGAUUUCUGCAAAAAAUGAUUUUGUGUUUUAUUUAAUUAUGUAGUUGGAGACACUAGCACAAAUGUACAGUUUGCAGGUAAAGCAAAAGGAUCUUCCAAGUCUAGGUCUGUCUACAUGUUGUAGGCUUAACCUGGCCCUUAUAGAAACCUGGAUGGUUUCAUUUAUCCCAAAAUAAAUUGUUUGGUAUUCUUUUUUAAUAUUUCCAAUAUAUGAAAUCCUUGUAGAAGAAAAUUGCGGACCUACCUUUCUUCACAGGAAAAAGCAAACAUCACAUCAAAUAGGUACUUUUGUUCGUUAAAAUUUUAUAUUUUAAUUAAGCUUCCACGAUCAAAUAAUCAUGAAAAAUAUUCCCCAUAAAAUGUAAAAUUAAAUAUAUUGACAUUCGUAUACCUUCUUCGAUUCCAAAUCAUAGUUUGUUUCCCUGGUUUUAGAGUUAUUUCAAAACAACGAAAUCCUAAAACCAACAAUAGCAAUGAUAAAAUACGUCACCUGAACUUUAACAAAAGUAUUCCAAAAUUGAUGGCAAAUAAACGAAUAUUAGCAUUUAACAAAAUCUGAAAAGAAUAUACCACCUUUUAUGAUAAACUGCAUAUGGGAUACAAAAGGAAUAAAUAAUGAUAAUUGAUCAAAGUUCUACCUACAUAUAUUAUAUAUAAUAGAUAUGCUUUAGAUGUGUUGUAAUUUAUUACAAAAAGAAAGUAGAGUACUCUAGAUAAUAAACAGAAAACAGAACUCAGACAGAAAAGCUAAAACAUCAGAAAAAAUGUCACUUCAAGGUAUAAAGCAUCAACUAAGAUACAUUCUUGAAUCUUUUGCAUACAACUCUAAAUACCAUACGAAAACCAUUCUAGUAAGUAACACAAAAUAAAUUUAUAUAAAAAAUUCUAUACAUUUAAAAACUAAUCUUAUUAAGUGUGUUGCUUUGAAAAUUUGUAUACAAAUACAACAUUACGUUCAGUUGAAAUUUACAAACAAGAAAAAAUAUAAAUUCUAUUAAAAUAAAUAAUUUAAAUACGAAAUAUUAACAUUAACAUGAUCAUAUAACCACAAAAGAAAAUUUUUGGAAAAAAAAGACCAGGAGAAAGCAAAAUUAUUAAAAAAUUACAAAAUUCAAAAGAAAUUCAAAAUUAGAUGAUAUUUAAGGUUAAAUGAUUAAAUAUUAUUACUACUUGAAACGUAUAAAACUAUUCAUAAUCAUAACAAGAAAUGAGAUAAAACAAUUCAACCUUAUCCAUACAUACAUGUGCGCAUAUAUGGUUAUACACAAGGAUGAAUUGUUUCUAUUAAAAUUUUUUAUAUUUAAAAAACACUUCCCGUUAAUUUCCAUUUAAUUUUCUUUUAGCUUUUUCUAAUAAACUGAAUUAUUAAAUGUUUAAAUCAUUUUGACUGAUCUCACAUUGACAUGGUUCACCUACUAUGCUGUGUUUUUUAAAAAAUAUUUAUUAACCAAUAAAUUUAAGUUUAUAAUUUUAGAUAAAAUCAAAUAAAAGUAUUUUUAAGCCACAA